AUGGGGGAAGAUUACGUUGGUUACGGCGCGCUUCUAGGCGCUGCAAGCGCGCUCGAGUGCUCCCCUGCUGCGAUACAAAGCGCGUUGCCGCACAACGCGAACGUCAACUUCGCGUAUCCAAUCCAGGCCAAUGGAACGUUCCAAGUACCAGCAGGCGACACGGGUUAUCCUACUAGCCCGUUAGGACUGCCUGCGCUGUGCGCCGUCUCGGUGCAGGUACAGUCGGUCGGUAACACGACUUUCGGCUUCGGUCUGUUCCUUCCCAGCGAGUGGAAUGGAAGAUUUCUUGCCGUUGGAAAUGGAGGAUUUGCUGGUGGCAUCAAUUGGAUGGACAUGGCACCAGGAAGCCGGUAUGGUUUUGCGAGCAUGUCCACCGACACCGGCCACAACUCAUCUAGCAGCGAUGGAACGUGGGCAUACAACCAGCCGGACAAGGUCGAGAACUGGGGUCACUUGGCCAUGCACGGGUCGGUCGUCGUGGCGAAGACCAUCACAGCCGCUUUCUACGAGAAGGAGAUAAAAUACAACUAUUACUCAGGGUGUUCGACUGGCGGGCGUCAAGGUCUCAAAGAGGCGCAGGAAUAUCCUGAGGACUUCGAUGGAAUUCUAGCGGGUGCACCUGCUUGGUGGACAUCCCACCUUCAGCCUUGGACUGUCAAAGUGGCUCUCUACAAUUUGCCGACUACCGCGGAUUACCACAUACCGUCAUCAUUGUUUCCCGCGGUUGCUGCAGAAGUUAUGAAGCAGUGCGAUCCCCAAGAUGGCCUCAAGGACAACAUCAUCUCUGAUCCCCAGGGAUGCAACUUUCGCCCAGAAGAGCUUCUUUGCGCGUCGAACGUCACGAAUGCCACAGCUGCUGGCUGCCUUACAUCCCCACAGAUCGACACCCUGUACAAGAUCUACACCGAUUCCAUCGGCGACAACCAGACCUUCAUUUUCCCGCAUCUCAACCUCGGAAGCGAAAAUCAGUGGGUCCUUAUAUCCGGCAACGCGCCCAACCCUCUUGGUCCGGACUACGUCAAGUACUUCCUCGGCCUCGGCCCAGACUGGGACUUCUACAACUACAGCGAAGACAUCCAGCGUCUGGCCGACAAAGUGCAGCCCGGAAAUGCCACCGUUGGCUUCGACCUGUCCGCAUUCCAUGCGAAGGGCGGAAAGAUUCUGUCGUACCACGGCCAGGCUGACGGCCUCAUCCCUACUGGCUCAACACCGUACUUCUACAAUCAAGUUACGCGCGAACUGCAACCACGAGGCAUCGACGUCGACGAGUUCUUCCGCUUCUUCUUUGUCCCAGGCAUGGGUCACUGCGCUGGAACUUUUGCUAACGUGAAUGCGCCGUGGUAUUUCGCCGGCGCGAACCAGGCGCUCAACCUGGGCAACACAGUAUACGGUGUUCCAGGGUUCAGGGAUGAGAAGCAUGAUGCGCUGCUUGCAAUGGUGGCCUGGGUUGAGAAUGGCACGGCGCCGGAGCAGAUCAUUGGGACUAAGUACGUCAAUGAUACGACACAGGCGGAGGUGAUGAGGCAGCGGCCGCUAUGCAUGUACCCGAAGCAGGCCAAAUAUACAGGAAGUGGGGAGGUGGACAAGGCGAGCAGCUGGGAGUGCAAGCUCCCGUACUGAGAUUUCAAUGCUGCUCUAGUACACAAUUGAGACG